AAACCACCAACACGUCAAAAAUUCCAGCUUUAAAGCUGGGUUUGUCAACGGCGGGAGUGAAAAGCCCCCAACAGACACAAAUCCUGCGCGCACAGCGUUUGUCGCGGAUUGUUUCUCCGGGUGGUGUGUUCGUGCCGCUGUUGGGAAGGAGGAGUAGCCUGGGCUGUGCAGACAGGUCUGUCUCCCCCUCCUCUCUUUCCCUGCCCCCCUGGUCACACCGUCCAGCACUUUGAGGUGCUUGAGUGAAAACAUCAAUUAGGUAGAGAGCUGGUGUCAAAUACCCCUGUGAUGAGAUAAUAUCUUUGUAUUUAAAUGAACUUUACCUCAGCUUGGAAGGACUUGUUGGAUCCCUGGCUUGCUUGAGUUUAUACCUGCAGGACCAGGCUUCUAGCCCCACAAAAUAUGCUCAUCUUGUCUUAUAAACGUCCCUAUUCCAGCAUGACACCUUGACUUAAGAGACAGAAGAACACACAGAAGAAUGAAAGCUGCCUUGCUAAGACAGAAAGGAAGAAGAGCUGAGUUUGCACACACUUACCUGAGGGCACCCAAAAGCUACCUGUGCAUUGCACCAAGAGCUGGAUCUCCACAGAAAGAAGCCCAGUUCCUGCCUGUGUGAGAUCUGUGUUUUUAAAAAAGGCAGGAAGUGUUAAGUGAAUCCCAAGAGAUCCUGUGUCCUGCUCUCCUGCUGUUCUCUGCUUUUCACCAGACACUUUUAAGAGCAAGAAACUCUUCAAGUGAGAAAAUGCAAAGCUGCUUCCUCCCUUGAAGAUCUUCCAAAGAGACAUGAAACCAAACCCUAAAAGAAAUCUCUGAGGGGGGAAAAAAGCACAGCAUGAGAGGUAGAAUGAAAAAACUGGCCUUUUGAGAAUAGCUGCUGGGAGCUGUGACAAACCAAGAGACUGGAGGAUUCCUACACAGUUCCUGUAGAUUCUCCCUGAAGGCAUCAGCUCAGCCUGCCAGCAAGUGUGUGGGUCCAGCAGCCAAGGAUGGAAGUGCUACGCCGCUCCUCAGUGUUUGCUGCAGAGGUGAUGGAGGUUUUUGACAGGUCUCCUACUGACAAGGAGCUCGUGUCCCAAGCUAAGGCUCUCUGCAGAGACUACAUCAAUUCGAGGUUAAUUCGAGCAGGUGUCAGCUGGAGCAAACCUGAGUACAAUGUCCCAGUGCCUGGGGGUAAGCUGGCUGAGGUGUCCACCAUUCUGCUGCGACUAGGGGAUGAGCUGGAAUACAUUCGCCCCAAUGUCUACCGGAAUAUCGCCCGCCAGCUGAACAUCUCCCUGCAUUCUGAGACCGUGGUGACAGAUGCCUUCUUGGCAGUGGCUGCCCAGAUCUUCACUGCAGGCAUAACUUGGGGCAAGGUGGUGUCUCUCUAUGCUGUGGCAGCUGGGCUGGCAGUGGACUGCGUGAGGCACGCACAGCCAGCCAUGGUCCACACCAUCGUCGACUGCCUGGGAGAGUUUGUCCGCAAGACCUUGGUGACGUGGCUGAAAAGAAGAGGAGGCUGGGCAGACAUCACAAAAUGUGUGGUGAACACUGACCCCAGCCUUCGCUCCCACUGGCUGGUGGCUGCUGUCUGCAGCUUUGGUCACUUCCUCAAGGCCAUCUUCUUUGUCCUGCUGCCCGAGAGAUGAAUCCAAGUGGCCAAGUGCAGCUCCCCUGCCCCAGCUCCUCCCUGGCUCCAGAAGCAGUGGGAAUGGCAGUCUUGGAAGAGGAGGAAGAGAAGAACCAGGACAAAAGGCUUGUUCUCCUCUCCCUUCAGCUGGGUCAAGAUGAACAACUACAGUCUCCUCUUUGCAGCCACAGGAGCUUCUCUCACCACUAAAUCCUUUCAAGAGUCUUGUUUCCCUGGGUGACCUGUGUGUGUGGCCUGGACGUGGCCAGUCCAUGGGCUUGCUGAUUGCUGCUGUGUGCAGCCUGGACUGGCAGGGACUGCUCCUUACAGCUGUGUUGCAUGCUUGUGCUAGUGCCAGGCAGAGGGGAUGAGAAAGGGGACCUUCUUGGAAAUGGGAUAAAAAGCAGGAGAGGGAAGAGUCCCUUCUUCUCUCCAUAUGAUUCUGCUUCUGAUCCUCAGACCUGCCUUGCAUUGUUCCUUGUUACAUUUGUGCUUCAACUCCAUCUCCUCCUUUACACUUAGCUCUGGCUUGCUGGGCUGCCCACAGCAUGGUGGAGGGGAUGAUGCAGCUGUGGGGUUUUCUUGGGAUAAAAACCAACUUACUGCUGUCAGAUGCUUCUCCUUGACAUACCUUGGAAGUCAGACUGAGUGGCUGUGUGUGAGUCAGGAGCAGAAGGCAGUGGCAUGGGAUGCAGUUUGUAUAUGUGUGUGGUUAUCCCCUCACACCUUCUAGCAACAGCUCAGGAUUGAAUUUCAUAAUGAAGAAAAAUGUUUUCUCCUCUGAGAUUCCAUCAGAGCUAAGCAUGUAAGUAGGAAAGGCUUGGGGGCACAGGCAGGAAUUAGAGAAACAGUAAGUGAACUGUCUGGUGGUGUGACUGGGGAAAUCUGUAUCAAAAGUUGCUGAUUUAUGUUUCUCCUUUAAUGUCUUUGGAAGUACAACUCACGGUCAUCUUUGUGGCAAACAAUAAAAGAAAAUAGGUGGUGUUUCACUGUUGCAAA